CAGUCAGCCGGGCAGCAGGUCUGCGGCAGGUCUCGCUCGCGCAUCGCUCGACGAGUCAGCAUCCAAGUCGAGUUGGGUCACGCCGAUAACGUAGCGUCGCUGUCACUUGUGACGACGUCGUGGGAGGAGGCCGUGCCCACUCUCCGCGAUUCCUUUAACAGUGCCGGUCCCCUCGCCGCGGGGUUGUGACGUCAGGUCGUCACAUCGGGAGCCCGUACCUGCGGUGGUGCGACAGGCCGGCGGGAUUUCGUCGAAUGAUUCGGCGUGGACCGGCGACCGAUACAGAGCGUUCCAAGUGUGCGUGCUUCUCCGCAAGUGGCAUCGCCGUGGUUUUUCGACUGUUUGCGAGAACAUCCCUUCGACGAUAGGGGACUGCCACAUCCGUGAAUACGAGUGAGUGAGUGUCGCGAAAUUUGGCAAACAGACUGUACUGUGCUUGUGGUGUUGCCUAGGAGUGGCAUUCUUUGGCUCUACUGCUACCUCGAGUGUGCGAGUGCCUUUUGAGUGCGGGGAAAUUGUACUGACUGUACGUCGGCACGAUUUUUUUAUCAAAUCGCAUUUCGCCGAACCUUCCAGUCGGUGCAGCCGCGACAUCUUUGGACACUACUGACGUUAAUAGGGGUGAAUUCAAACGUAGCCCUCCCGAAGCAUCCCGUCGAGUGCUUCGUUCUUCAACUUAAGGUAUCCAAAUUUCUAAACGCAUCAAGAAGCUCGAACGAGAGACUUCUAGAUUAGACUGUACCGCUGCUUGCUUUUUAAGCGUACGUGGUUGAGCGGGACGCCUUGUUUGCCGUGACUAUCUUUCGGGAAAUAUCACUGACAAGAACAGGCGCUAAUAUAGGCAGCUGGCCAUAGUCCCGAGAAGAAACUUCGCCGCAAGGACACGCGGAAUCGGCCAACACAACAGUGCGCAGCCGCUACCGCCAACUUCCGGACACCCAUCCACCUGUUCCGGCGCCCACUGCGUCUUCUCGUUCAUUCAAGCAACAGACUACAGCGAACGACCGCCGAGAUAACGGCGCCACUCGCAACAAACUGUACUGACGAUACACCGUCGGACGUCAGCCCAGCAGCGAUGCUCGCUUAAGACCGGCCGAUACUGCUCGAGAAGAGCAUUGUCCGCGGCGUCUUCUCUAUAAGCCGGUCCCGUUACAAGGCACGCGCUCGGUCUGCCAGCCCACUACCGGCAUUGAAGCUUCGGGAGCAAAAAGAAGGCAGCGGCGUCUCAGGCCUGUUGUGCUUCCUGACGAGUCUUCGCUCCGGGCUACACGUCGGCCUUGCACCGACGUCUGCUACGCGCUCCUUUGACGAGCGGGGGGAAGGAGGUGAUCUCGCCGGAUUACAAGCUGCGCCUCGGCGCCCGACGGCCCCCAAACCUGGCUCCCGCUCUCCGCUGGCUUCUUGGCCGGGAAGACGACAGGUGCACCAUGACAUUGGUGCACAGAGGCUACGUCCAAGUGCUGCCGGCCGGCACGUCGACAACCAAACUCCAGGCUUCUAAUCGAAACCGGCAUCAACAAAUGACGCCGAAACGAGCGCAAGACUUGUUCUUCCCGGCUAUGAUCCCUGAGCCGGACUACAGCGACUCCGAGGACGAGCAACAGCACCGACGGCGACCCGUGAGGAUGCCCGGCAUGGCGGCCGCCCACCCGCACCACAACGAGGCGCAGCUGGCGCACGUCAACGACGAGGGCCUCAUCGUGCCCCGCAAGCUGCCCAACCCGUGCGCCGAGUCGGCCGAGCGAAAGAGCCUGCACCGAGAGCUGCUCUUCAACCAGAAGAUGGGCAAGAGCGUGCUUGGCCAGAAGAGCGAGCUGCAGAAGGCCAUGGAGAAGAUGAAGGAGGAGCAGCGCCGGAAAGAGUUGGAAGAGGAGCGGGUCAAAGGACGCACGGCGCUGGAGAAGCGACUCGAGGAGCAGGCCAACAAGCUCAAGCUGCAUGAAGAGUCUGAGGUGAUCAAGACCGACCUGCCCAGCUCUGAAGAGUCAGAGUUCCUGCGGGUGCAUGCCCGUGUCUGUUCCCACACAUUGCCUGUUGACUCCAAGUCGUAGUUGCAUUGGCCUGUCCUCCAGCAACCGCUGCUGCCGAUGUCAUAUCUUGUCGAAAGACCACCCAUGUACAUAGUUCCCGAUGUAUUUUUUUUUGCCUUCCUUUAUCGCUGGUCUUUAUUAACAGACACAUGAGAGCAGGUGGCCCAAGUGGGCCUCUGCAAGUCUAUUUUUGUGCUUGACGAGCCUUUGUCAUAGGAUGAGCUUCAAGAGACACGACGCAUAGCUACACCGCAGGCCGCAGUGUGGUGGUCCUAAGCUUGCAGUCAUAUUGUAGGUGUUAUGCCUUUUUGAACCUGAAGAGAAAAAAAAUGCUGUUGACUAGUGUGUUUCACGAGUACCAUUAAAGAGAAGCAAGGAGGUUUCUCUACAAA